AUGAUGCAGGAUAACAAAUUGGAGACGAGACAAGACGUUCAGGAAACAGGAGAAACAGUUCAUCACCACCAACAACAGCCAUCCCUCAAAGACACUGGCUCCGGAUCUCCCCACAGCCAGAAUGAGCCUUGCUUCGAUGAUUACACCACGUCACCUAAGCCAACCAGGACUCAAGUGGCUCGAGAGACUAUAGAAACAUACAAAAAUUACAGAAACAAGCGAAAGACAAAGGAUCUCAACUGGUGGGGAAGCAAGCAUCAUGAAGCCGAAAGAGGCGAUCCAGAUCGUGAAUUUGAGUUCGCACGGAACAUGCCAGUAUCAAACCAAGAUAUCAAGAGUGCGCAACAAGCGUAUAAUUCUAGAGUAACUGACCCUUUUACAGGUAAACCCAACUCGCUGGGCCCUCACUUGCGACCUACAACUCCUCCAAUGGAGAAAGCUGAGAAGCAGAUCAAAGGCCUGGAGAACCAAGGGAUUAAUGUAACUCCUGGACUGAGAGAGGAAGUGACUAAUCAUUUUAUAUCCAACAGUGGGCUCCAUGCUGCUCUCUUAAUCUGGUGCAGGAACAAGAAGGAUGUCCCUGUCCAGUAUGUCAACGAGUACAUCAAGAGCAUGUCUCGACUGAAGCUCGAAAUGGCCACGCAGCAGCGUGACGUGACAGAGAAGCUAGGCCAAGCCAUCAAAGAUUGCGAAGAAAGGGAAUUUCGCUGUCAGCAGCUGCAAGCUGAGAACAGCAGGCUCAAAGAGGAAAAAGAGAAGACGGGCAUACAAGCGAACCCUCUAGUAACUACACAAGAUGCUCGUCAACUGGCUUUGGGUCCUGACAUGACAGCAGUGGGCAAGGCGGAAGAGGAAAAGGCGCACCUUGAGGAUUCCUCAAUAAAAUACAACAAAAAUUCAAUUCCGCCUCCAGCUAUCGUACAGCUACAUGGGAACCCGUUGGCUUCCGUCAGAGAAGCCUCCGAGUCUAGUCAGAGCUCACAAUUAUCACCUGUAACUACGGAAAGCUUGGAGAAGAAGGUCUCUGAAGCAGAAUCCGAAAGGGAUACUUUCUUAGAUCAGUUACCCAGUGAACAGGAUACGACUGGAAAACUUUCAAGCAAGAUAAAGGGACUCGAGGAGAAGCCUUGGUCAAUGAAAGCCGAAAAGUCCAAUGCCACUCAGGACGAUGCUUACAGAAACAGGGUCCAGGAAUUGGAGUUCCAACUUCAAAAUCUCAAAGAGGAGCUUCGAGCCCGCAACGACGGCAUAAGAGUCCAGGGAAAGCCCAACUACACCACGGUUGACAGUCUAAUCAAUGCGGUUAGGAAGGAGAAUCAAGGGAUACAUGACGAAGAAGAAGCACCGAACGUCGUGGACCGAAUCAACUAUCUGAAUCUGGUCUGCUUCUUCCGAACUCGCAACUAUCUUCAACUGGCUCUGCGGGAGGGGGAUCUUACAUUGGCGAAGAUUCUCCUGAAUGACGCCGACAAAUGGGUCAAGUCAUGCAAAGAAUAUCUCGAAACGAUGGAUCCAGAGGUCAAUCUGCAGGUCGAAGGCUCUAUGCUGAUCCUACAUGGUAUGCGUCAAGUCUUAACAACCGAAGACGAGAGUGUGCUGAUCGGAGGGGUCAAAUACGUCAAGCAUGGACGUAAUGAACUUAGUAGGCUCCCAAAAAGUGACUCUUUUUCACAGCUUGUCCAACUUGCAGAUUCUAUCCUCCAAGCGACCAAGUACGACGAGGAACAGAAUAGCCUGAGUAUCAAAGGACUUCCGCUCAAUCCUUUUAGAAGGAAGAACAAGCGCCAGUACACCAAAAUUCCGGGGACUAUCAAGGACGACCCAGCCAUGAAGGCAGAGGCGUUACGCCUUACAGGCGUCCAUUCUCCUUUAUCUCCCCAUAAAUGGAGAAAGGAGAACUGA